CAACCCCCACUCACCACAGGCCCUCCCCCGCCAUGCACCGUUCUCCCGCUCAACCUCAGCUCGCCCGGGUGGCGCAGCCACCGCAGGCAGACGCCGACGAACACCACCUCCUCCGCCGUGCGCGCAAAUGCGCCUGGUACGUCGUCCAGCACGCCACGAAGCACACCGGCGUCGGCAUCGUCUGUGCCGUCGCGUACUUUGACCCCGGGAACUGGGGGGUCGACCUCCAGGCGGGCUCGGAGUUCGGCUACAAGCUCCUCUUCGUCGUUCUGCUCGCUGGAAUCUUCGCUAUCGUCGUUCAGACCAUGGCAUCCCGCCUCGGUUGCGUCACCGGUCUGGAUCUCGCCUCGCACUGCCGCAUCUUGCUGUACAACCGGCCGAAACACACCAAGAUGUGGCGCUGGAUGGUCUUGUACCCCCUGUAUGCGCUCUCCGAGAUCGCCAUCAUCAGUACGGACCUCGCAGAGCUCCUCGGGUCGGCCAUCGCGCUCUGCAUGCUCUUCCCGAAGCUCCCGCUCUGGGGCGGCGUCCUCCUCACCGCCUCCGACGUCUUCAUCCUGCUCGCGCUGCGGGACCCCAUGGCGGGGAAGCCCGUGCGGGUGUUCGAGCUCUGCAUCGCCGCUCUUGUGUUCAUUGUACUCAUCUGUAUGGCGGUCAUCAUCUCCAAGGCGAGCGUCCAAUGGGGCGAUGCGUUCUUCGGGUUCGUGCCAUCGAAGACCGUCAUCCAGUCGAACGCGUUGUACACAUCUAUCGGUAUCAUAGGAGCGACCGUGAUGCCUCAUAGUCUUUUCCUCGGCUCAGCCCUCGCUACGCAAGACCGCGUCGACCACUUGCCCGAUCCCGCGAAGGAGGCCCAGGAGCAGUUGAGGACGCUGGACUCUGUCUCCUCCGCGUCCAGUGACUCCUCGAAGAAGCUCAGCCUCGUUGGGUACAUCCGGGCUGGCGUGAAGCGCCAUAUACGCAUCGCGAACAUUACGGACGUCGCCCGCCCCGACCUUGCAUCGCAUGCCGAGCAUACGAACAGGCCUUACAGCUUCGUGCGCCUACACCUGUACCACGGCAUCGUCGACAUGGUGAUCAGCCUGCUCGGGCUCGCCGUCGUGAUCAACUCUAUGAUCCUCAUUCUAUCGAGCGCCGUGUUCUUCAACGGGAACACCGGUGAUCAGGAUCCCGCGAGCCUCUUCGACGCGUACGAUCUCCUGGGAAACCUCGUCGGAAAACCCGCCGCUAUCCUGUUUGCGCUCGCCCUGCUCGCAUCCGGACAAAGCUCGUCCAUCAUUGCCACUCUCGCAGGCCAGAUCGUCUCUGAGGGAUUCAUCCGCUGGAAACUCUCCCCGGUCAUGCGGCGUCUCGUCACGCGCUGUAUUGGUCUCGUGCCCUCCCUCGCCGUCGCCGCCGCUGUCGGGCGGUCGGGCAUCGACACGCUGCUCGUCGCCUCCCAGGUCAUCCUCUCCAUCGUGCUCCCCUUCAUCGUCUUCCCGCUCGUCUACCUCACCUCCUCGCGCUCGAUCAUGAGCGUCCACAAGACGAAGAAGCUGCGCCCCGAGGACGCAGACGUCGACGAGCUCCCCGCGGGCGCCGUCACCCCUGCGGAGUCCGACGAGAAGGACAAGGAGACGACGCGUGUCGACGACACGGACGCGGAGGCGCAGGCAGGCGAGAUGGUCGACUUCUCGAACGGGUACAUCGUCACCGGCCUCGGGUACCUCAUCUGGCUCGUGGUCGUCGUGGCGAACGUCUACGCCAUCGUCGGGCUCGCGCUUGGGGACGAUUGAGCGCCGACGCCGCCGCAUGCAGCAUGGCUCUCGGGGUCAACUCGGGGUUCAAGAGUCGAGGGUCGAAGCUCAGCCCAAGGGGUCGAGGGUCGAGCACAAGCGACAGGGCUUUUCGGAGCUCGAUGGCGCCCGGCGCGCUACCAUUGCAUAUUUUAUGGGUCCUGCACGCAUAUGUAUAAUACACACUACACUACUAGCCCCGCACACAUUACUACUGUAUGUAUUAGCCCCCGCGCGACGCGAUGUGUUAUAAAAAUGCCGAUGGAAGCGUUG